AUGAUCCGCCCGUGGCUGCUGCUAAAAGUGGCAGCAUUAUGCUCCGUUUCUCCUGUCCCUACCGUCGCUAAGGGACACGACGAUCCGUCCUCGCGUUUCGAUAAGUUUGCAGACGAGCGCUACGUCCGACAAGAUCGCGCUGACCCCGAGCACGUGGUACCGCUGACCAUUGGAGUGUUUCCGGGAGACUUUGACGCACUCGAACGAGAGUUCUACGGUGUCUCCGACCCAACACAGCCGCAGUACGGCCAGUAUCUCGCCCAAGAGCAAGCAGACGUUCUCUCACGUCCAGUUGACGGGGCUCUUGAUGCAGUGCGCGAUUGGGUUGCAGAUUGCUCUCAUGGUGAGAAUGGGGGGAUCUUUAUGCCAACGUCGAAUCUGUACAAGGUGCCGAUGAAGGUGAAGCACAUUGAACGACUGCUGAACACGGAGCUUUAUCACUACGAAGCGAAAAGAACCGACGCGACAUCGCCGAUGAAGCGACGGAGGUUGAUGCGAGCAACGAGUGCUUUGAUGGUGCCAGAACAUCUCGAGGAUGUCGUGUCGUUUUUGAGCGUCAAUACGCAUCCACUGGGUCUGCGAGCACUUGGCGCUGCUUCGUCACAACACGUAGCAGCAAUGGAUGGCGAAAGUGAAGGAGGUACAUUGGAAACAAUUCGGCGGACGUACGGCAUUCCUGAUGGACUUGUCGCAACAAAUCCAAGCAAUACGCAGUGCGUGCCAUCUUUCUACAACGAAUCGUAUGAUCCGGAGGAUUUAAGCACUUUUUUCAAUCAGUUUUUGCCAGGAGAGAGCGUUCCACGUAUCACUGAGAAAGGAAGUCGAGGCAACCAGCCUGAUCAGGCAAGCACGGAGGCAACACUGGACGUGCAAUACCUCACGGGUGUCUGCCGCAAUGCUACGACAUUUGUUUGGACCAUGAAUGGCAGUAAUCCGUACUCGUCGGAAGAUGAACCGUUUGUAGAGUUUGCUGAAGAAGUGCUGGCUCUAGAGAACCCACCUCUCGUCAUCUCAACAAGCUACUCCGAUGACGAAGAGCACAUUUUUGACGUCUCGCCAGGUUACGCGCACACUUUGGAUAUUCUUCUUAUCAAGAUGGGGUUGCGUGGAAUCACGGUGCUUAUCGCCAGUGGUGACGACGGGGUGACUGGACUACGCCCUGAGUUUAUGAAGAUACCUGUCGAGAACAUGUGCAGGCAAAGUGGUCCGCAGUGGCCGUCGUCGAGUCCAUACAUCACUACGGUCGGUGCCACAAUGCUUUUGACGGGAGUACGCGAAGCGGAAAAGCCGUUUUAUCGCACAAAGGAGGAAGUGAUUUGCAGUGUUGAGAACGGCGGCAUCAUUACAUCCGGUGGCGGGUUCUCCAGCAUUUACUCGAUGCCGGAUUACCAGCGCACAGCGGUCGAGAGAUACUUGACAACUCGAGAUGUUCCGGCCGCUCCAGGGUUUUUCAAUGCUAGUGGACGUGCCUAUCCAGAUGUGUCAGCGCUAGGCGAAGGAUUCUUAGUGUACAUGAGUGGUCACCUCACUUCGGUAUCUGGAACUUCAGCGUCAACACCUGUGAUGGGCGCGAUGGUGACGCUAUGGAACGAUGCGCGGCUGAAUGCUGGUAAAAGCCCGCUAGGAUUUAUCAAUCCUCUCCUCUACUACCUUGCAGAGACCCAUGUCGAUGCAUUUCACGACGUGGUUGUGGGAAAUAAUGGAGCCGCACGUGGAAAAACUGAUCCGUGCGAGAACGCGUUCAGCGCUGCUGGUGGGUGGGAUGCAGUUUCUGGAGUGGGCACGCCUAACUUUUCCGUGAUUCUCGAGUUCAUUACAAACCUCGAAGACCACUUCAACGUAUCGCAACUGCGCAGCUCAAGUAAUGCCGACGUGCCUGAUACGAGCAACAACUCAGUGAUUCCGACGACAGUGUUUGCCGGAAAGAGCGUGUUCAUGAUGGUGCUGCUGGUAGCAGUAGUGGUUGCAAACGUGGCCAUCAGCAUUGUAGUGGUCGUCACCCUGGUAAAGCGGUGGAGGCACCAGUAUACCCCUCUCGCCAAUGUUGCCGUGACUAGCAACAACCCCACCGUUUCCGCUUCAGGUAGUUCCUCCGUAGCAAUUCGCCACACGAAAGGGGACUUGGAUGCUGAUAGUAGUGAGGAUGAUGCCGAGCUGAGUGAGAUCAGUUUGAAUCCAUGA